AUGCUUGGCCCCCUGUCCCCUCCGCAGACACCUGCUUUAUUCAGCGUCUCCGACAAGACCGGCCUGGUGGAUUUUGCGAGGGCGCUCAGCUCCCUUGGCCUGGGUUUGAUCGCCUCGGGGGGAACAGCCAAGUCCCUGAGAGAUGCUGGCCUGACCGUCAGAGAUGUGUCAGACCUGACCGGGUUCCCUGAGAUGCUGGGUGGACGUGUGAAAACCCUUCAUCCUGCAGUCCAUGCGGGCAUCUUGGCUCGCAAUAUUCCAGAAGAUAAUGCUGAUAUGGACAAACAGGAUUUCAGCCUUGUAAGAGUUGUAGUAUGUAACCUCUACCCCUUUGUGAAGACGGUAUCCUCUCCAGAUGUAACUGUAGAAGAGGCAGUGGAAAAGAUUGAUAUUGGAGGAGUCGCCUUGCUGCGGGCAGCUGCCAAGAACCACGCUCGCGUGACAGUCGUGUGUGACCCUGCAGACUACUCUUCGGUGGCUAAUGAGAUGAAGGCAUUAAAGGACAGAGACACCUCCAUGGAAACCAGACGUCAGCUUGCACUGAAGGCUUUCACCCACACUGCUCAGUAUGAUGCAGCCAUCUCUGACUACUUCAGGAAGGAGUAUAGCAAGGGGGUGUCCCAGCUGCCCCUGAGGUACGGCAUGAACCCCCACCAGAGUCCUGCACAGCUCUACACACUGAGGCCAAAACUUCCUCUGACAGUGGUGAAUGGCUCUCCAGGGUUUAUCAACCUGUGUGAUGCCCUUAAUCACGUCAGCCCUGCAGGUGCUGCUGUUGGAAUACCACUCAGUGAGGAGGAGGCCCAAGUCUGCAUGGUGCACGAUUUCCAGAAGACCCUAACACCCUUAGCAUGUGCCUAUGCACGCAGCAGAGGUGCUGAUCGGAUGUCGUCUUUUGGUGACUUCAUUGCUCUGUCUGAUAUCUGCGAUUUGGCUACUGCUAAAAUUAUUUCCAGAGAGGUAUCUGACGGUGUGGUAGCUCCUGGCUAUGAGGAAGAAGCUCUCAAAAUCCUUGCAAAAAAGAAGAAUGGUAGUUACUGUGUCCUUCAGAUGGAUCCUGCUUAUGAGCCAGAUGACAAUGAAAUUCGAACUCUCUAUGGAUUGCAUCUCAUGCAGAAGAGGAACAAUGCAGUCAUUGACCGGUCAUUGUUCAAGAAUAUCGUUACAAAAAAUAAAAAUCUGCCCGAAGCUGCUGUCCGAGACCUGACCGUUGCCAGCAUCGCUGUCAAAUACACCCAGUCCAACUCCGUCUGCUACGCCAAGGACGGGCAGGUCAUAGGCAUCGGAGCUGGCCAGCAGUCCCGCAUCCACUGCACGCGUCUGGCUGGGGACAAGGCAAACCACUGGUGGCUCCGGCACCACCCGCGCGUGCUCUCCAUGAGGUUCAAAGCGGGUGUGAAGAGGGCAGAGAUCUCCAACGCCAUUGAUCAGUACGUCACCGGGACCAUCGGGGAGGAUGAGGAGCUGCUCAAGUGGCAGGCGAUGUUUGAGGAGGUGCCCGCGCAGCUCGCCGACGUGGAGAAGAAGCAGUGGAUCGCCAAGCUGAGCGCCGUCUCCCUCAGCUCCGACGCCUUCUUCCCUUUUAGGGAUAACGUGGACAGAGCUAAACGGAGCGGAGUGCAGUUCAUCGCUGCCCCAUCCGGCUCGGCGGCUGACGAGGUGGUGAUCGACGCUUGCAAUGAGCUGGGGAUAACUCUCAUUCACACCAACCUGCGGCUGUUUCAUCAUUGAGUUUGCCCUGGGCUGUUGUGGUCCCUCUCUAGUCACAGUCUCACCAGCAGAAGUAACUGGAGCAUCACCAGUUAAAUUGGGAAGCACCUGCUGUCUG